AGCAAAAAUGUAUAAUAAAAAAUUACAGCAAGUGAUCGUGCAGAAAAUAGAUCGAUAAACCCCAAGCCCCAACCCAAAACCGAACUCGAACCCCGAAAAGCUAAGCUAAAGCUAAGCAAAAAACCAACAAACAUAAAAAAUAAAAUAAAAAAAGUGUAGAGACGGAAAACGCGGAGUAUAAAAAUAAAUAAACGAGCGACGAUCAGCGAGCGAUCAAGGAGCUAUAGCAACUAUAUGUAGCAUCUAUAGCAGGAAGAGCACGUUUCUGUGUUUUUGUUUCAAUUUCAAUUGUGGAAAUCGUAGAGGAAAAAUUUCGAACCGGUCCCCCGAAGUAGGAGUUGGAGUUCGAGUUGGAGUCGCCAGCAGAGGAUCAAGAACCGAGAACCCAAAGCACCGCGUCCCGAGAACCGAUAUUUAUUAAACAAAGACAGAAAUUAAUUUCACGACUUUGUGCCCCCUCCGCCAGUGUGCCCUGCAUCCGCCCGCCCUCCAUGCCCCACUUGAACUUUGAGCCUGAGGUCUGGGCUUGAGCAGCGCGGCAACUAGGGAUCGGGAUCUUCGGCUCGCCGGCAAAAUGUACGACAUCAAGCGCCUGGAAGCGGGACAACAGAAACUACAGCAACAGCACCAGCACCAGCAUCAGCAUCAGCACCAGGGCCUGGGCCUACGCCAGGAGCAGCAGCUCACCUGCAGCGUGAUCGCAGCGCCCGAGCACCGGAGCACCCAUCCCAUCACCAUCUCCAGUCCCAAUCCCAGUACCUGUUCCAGUCCCAAUCCCAGCGAGGCCACCCACAUGACGCUGCUAACGUUGCGCCGUCGCCGUUCGCUGCAGCGUCGCGCCUGCCUGCUCAGCAUCCUGGCCGCCUUCGUUUUUGGCAUGGCGCUGGGCGUGGUUGUGCCCAUGUUCGGUCUGCCCCACCACCCAGAAGUCCCGUCAGAGACGGCAACAGACUCGCCAGCGGAGCAGCUGAGUAGCUACCGCGUGGCAUUCAUCAUGGAGGAGGAUGCCGCCGCCGCCGCUGCUGAACUCAGUGCCGAGCAAGUUUUCCGCAACGCCUUCCACCUGGAGCAGGACAAGGAUGCCCCCGAUUCGAUGGUGGUAAAGAAGUUGGAUACCGAUGAUGGCAGCAUCAAGGAGUUCCAUGUGCAGCGCACGGCCAGCGGCAAGUACCGUAAGGGGCCGGAGCGGAGACUCUCCAAGAAGCGGCCGCAUCAGCCGGAGACGCUUCGUUCGCCCGCGGUAGCCGCCUCACCGGAUCCCCUGCAGGCGGGCCUCAUCGAGGAGGAUGUCUUCUGGGGGCCCACAGUGGAGCGGGCUCUGCCCAGGGGAUUUGCCUCUCAGGAUCAAGUCAGCUGGGAACGCUUUGUGGGCGAACAGGGCCGUGUGGUGCGUCUGGAGCAGGGAUGCGGACGCAUGCAGAACCGCCUGGUGGUCUUUGCCGAUGGAACACUUGCCUGUGCCCGCUAUCGCCAGAACACGGAUCAGAUCCAGGGCGAAAUCUUCAGUUACUACCUUGGUCAGCUGCUGAAUAUUAGCAACCUGGCUCCAAGUGCCGCCACCGUGGUGGAUACCAGCACGCCCAGCUGGGCGGCUGCCAUCGGUGACAUCACCCAAGCCCAGUGGAAGGAACGCCGCCCGGUGGUGCUGACCCGUUGGCUCUCCGACCUGGAGCCGGCCGGCAUUCCGCAGCCCUUCCAGCCGCUGGAGCGGCACCUUAACAAGCACGACGUUUGGAAUCUGACGCGGCACCUAAGCCAGGAGGCAGAGCAGCCAGCCAGAGAACCGGAACAGGGACUGCUCAAGCGGUUGGGAGCAGGGAUGGGGCCAGGACCAGCAUCAGCUGCCAGCUCGCCGGGCUCCGCUCAUCAAUCAAGCACGAUUGAGGAGACAGGAACGCUGGUGCAGCGGCUAAUUGAAUUGGCACAAUGGUCCGAUUUAAUCGUCUUCGAUUACCUGAUCGCGAACCUCGAUCGCGUGGUGAACAACCUGUACAACUUUCAAUGGAACGCCGACAUUAUGGCCGCGCCGGCGCACAAUCUCGCUCGGCAGUCCGCCUCGCAGCUGCUCGUCUUCCUGGACAACGAGAGCGGCUUGCUCCAUGGCUACCGGCUGCUGAAGAAGUACGAGGCCUAUCACAGUCUCCUUCUGGACAACCUGUGCGUCUUCCGGCGACCCACGAUCGAGGCUCUGCGUCGUCUGCGGGCGGCGGGGGCAGGUCGCCGGCUUAGGGAUCUGUUCGAGAGGACGACCAGCGCCGGAGUGAGAGAUGUAUUGCCCUCACUGCCGGACAAAUCGGUCAAGAUCCUGGUGGAACGCAUUGACCGAGUGCUAAGCCAGGUGCAAAAGUGCCAGGGAAGCUAGUAGAUGCCCCUAAUAACCCUCAACUUGACUGAUAAGCUGUAAAUAUUGGAGCAGCAGUGGAUGCCCUGGAUCGGAGUCGGAGUAGUCAAGGGGUCAGGGGUUAGGGCAGGCUCAAGGUCAACAGAUUUGUUAUCAAAAUUGAUUCCCGAAAAGGAAAAAGGGUAUUUGCUUACUCCUCUAAAAACAAAAUCCUUUCUAAAUCAACUAAUUACUAUAAAAAGAUAGCCUGCCCACCCCUGCCCCAAAGUAGAUCCAAGUAUUAAAGGGCGAUCCACUGAAGAAGCUUAACUAACUUGUAAAUGCCAGACUCUGUCCUUGAGUAUUAAGCUUAAACCUUAGUUGUUAAAUGUAUCUGUAUAAAAAGUAAGGCCCCAUAGAAUUAACAAUUUGUGUGAUAUUUGUGUAAGGAACCCCAUGCAGCCUAAGUAGAUUUCA